CUCCAAAUUGCAAUUUCAGCCCCAGCGCCACAGCUGAAAUCUUGUUGCGCACGCAUUGUCACGGCUUUGUUGGUCCAGAUUCGAAACCAAUGCAAGAAGAAACCCAAACCCCAGAGAGGCAGAGGCAGAGGCAGAGACCUCCCUCAACGGUCGACAUUUUCAGCUUCUCUUCCGUUGCUCUACAAUUCCAAUCAUUAUCACUCACAGUUCGUCCAAUUCAAGCUCCACAUAGCCUUUCACAAAAACGCGCACAGAGAAAUGAUCCUACCCGUCGUAAAGUUGGGAACCCUCGCUCUCAAAACCAUCUGCAAACCCAUUGCCAAUCGGCUUAAGAAAGAGGCUGGCAGGCACCCCAAAUUCAGGCAGUUCAUUAUCAACAUUGCCCAG